AUGGAAACGGAUAGUGGUAUACCUGGUCAUUCAUUUGUAUUAAAGUGGACAAAAAACAUCUUUUCGCGCACAUUGCGUGCAUCUAACUGCGUACCUAGACAUGUUGGGUUCAUCAUGGAUGGGAACAGGAGGUUUGCCAGAAAGAAAGAGAUGGAGGUAAAAGAGGGCCACGAGGCAGGAUUUGUUAGUAUGAGUAGAAUCUUGGAACUAUGUUACGAAGCAGGGGUUGAUACAGCUACCGUGUUUGCGUUUUCAAUUGAAAAUUUCAAGAGGAGUUCACGUGAAGUUGAAUCAUUGAUGACUUUAGCGCGCGAAAGGAUACGACAACUCACAGAACGUGGAGAGUUGGCUUGUAAGUAUGGGGUACGCAUUAAAAUUAUCGGCGAUCUCUCUUUAUUAGAUAAGUCUUUAUUGGAAGAAGUUCGAGUUGCUGUGGAAACCACGAAGAACAACAAAAGAGCAACGUUAAACAUUUGCUUCCCAUAUACAGGCAGGGAAGAAAUUUUGCAUGCAAUGAAAGAAACAAUCGCUGAACAUAAGAAGGGUGCCGCUAUAGACGAAAGCACAUUAGAAUCACAUCUCUACACGGCAGGGGUUCCCCCUUUAGAUUUAUUAAUCAGGACAAGUGGCGUUUCCAGAUUAAGUGAUUUCUUGAUAUGGCAGGUAUCGAGUAAGGGCGUACGCAUCGAAUUGCUGGACUACCUAUGGCCAGAGUUUGGACCUAUACGGAUGGCAUGGAUUUUAUUAAAAUUUUCGUUUCACAAAUCCUUUUUAAAUAAAGAAUAUAGAUUAGAGGAAGGUGAUUAUGACGAGGAAACCAAUGGGGACCCCAUCGAUUUGAAAGAAAAGAAGUUGAAUUAA